AGCAAUACAACUUAUUUAUUAAGUUCAUCCUUCCCCUUAAACAAGCCUGUACUUUUUCAUGGCUUUGAAGAGGACCUCAAAUAGACAACCCCAUCAAGCCUUGGCCCUCAAAAAAAUCCUUAGAAGAUGUUCAAGCUUUGUUGGGGAGAGUGAAGAUGAACUUAUUCAAGAUGUUCCAAAAGGCCAUUUUGUUGUUUAUGUAGGACAACAUCGAAUUCGAUAUAUCAUUCCUGUAACAUGGUUGGCUCACCCCGAGUUCAAGGCUCUUCUUCGACAAAGUGAAGAAGAGUAUGGAUUCAAACAUGAAAUGGGUAUCACUAUUCCUUGUGAUGAACCCUUUUUCCUCUCCGUUGUAUCUACUUUAGGGUGAAAAAAACGAACAUGGUUGGCUCACCUAGGGGUGUUAAUGAGCCGAGAUGAGACCGAGCUUGGCUAAGCUCGAUAAGGAUGACUUGAGGGUCGGCUCGAGCUGGAAGCUCGUCGAGCCUUGAAAACCGAGCUUGGCUCGAGCUCGGCUCGAUAUGGGCUCGGUGCAUACAACUUAGUCUUGGUGUUUGCUUCUUCAAGUUGUCCCUAAAGUCUUGUGAGCCUUGGUUAGAGUGAAAGUUUGAUGGAAUUAAACAGCUUAGUCUUGGUGCAUUGUUUCUUUAUUCAUUUCAAAGGCGGGAGCCGUCGUUAUUAGGUGAAUGCCGCGCCUAGAUGAUUACAUGAGGGUCAUGCAGUUAUGAUCUCACCUAAUUUUAACUUAUUUUUCCUAAAUUUAUCUGAACAUAUAUGGAGUAUUAUGUGACUCAGAUUUCUACCUUUAAACUUUUAAUGAUAUUUGGUAAAACUUCACAAUAA